GACGUCACUUCCACUGCUACGUCAUUUCCGUUGGGAGGGCUCUGCUCUGACUCCCUCAGCAGUUUGUUUGCUAAGCUAGCCUGCUAGCUGCCUGCUAGCUAGCGCAGCGCAGAAACCCCCGGACAUGCUGGAAUUAACCUGCUUUCACACCGAGGUCACGGCCGUCGUCACCGGCCUGGCGCGGUCGGUGCUGGCGGAGGUUUUCGCGGCGGUGGAGAAACUCGGUUGGAACAAACAGAGUCAGGGAGCCGAGGCCGUGCUGGACGCUCUGGUGGAUGGUCUGUGCUCGGAGGCCGUCCUCAGGAUCGUGAGGCUGCUGGAGGCGGCGGCUGCAGGCCGAGGGAACGGCGCCUCCCGCAGCGCCGGCAGCGGAGACGCGGCAGCAGACCAGGACCGCGGUGCGUCACACAGCGGCGGGCAGCAGACGUUCAUCUUGGCUUACGGGAGCGCUGGGGUCGAGUCCGACUGUCCGCUGUCGCCUUUGGAGAACCGUGAGAACAGUUCAAAUAAAACCAGCUCUGCUGCCGUGGAGGAACACGCUGAGGCUCCGCCCCCCUCGCUCCCACCCGCUGAGUGUCCUGACCAUGAGUACGCGCUGCCCUCGUCGCCCCGCCCGGCCACUGCCACCACAGAGCCGAGCAAGAACUCCACAGGCCGUCGCAGGAAGCAACGCCUCAGCAGGAAGAAGAAGACGGACACAAACACCACGGCCGCAGAGGAGGCGGAGACUCGGCACGAAUGCGGUCACUGCGGGAUGCUGUUUCCCAGCAUGCAGCGGCUGGUCGACCACGAGGGGAAAGCCCACCCGGCGUGCAGGGUGUGCGGGGCGCUCUUCGCCGGCGUCCUGAAGCUGCGCGAGCACGAGAUCAAGGUGCACCAGCUGCUGCCGUACAGCUGCGACUACUGCCAGAGGAGCUUCAGCCACAAGGCGCACCGCGACCUGCACGUCAUGACGCGCCACACCGGCGAGAAGACCUGCCACUGCGACAUCUGCGGCAAGGGCUACUCCUGCGUCAGCAUGCUGAAGACGCACAGACUCACGCACUUCGACAAGACCUUCAUCUGCGACGUGUGCGGCAAGAGCUUCUACCACGCCUGCCACCUGACGCGCCACAAGCACGUGCACCGCGACGUGAAGCCGUACCACUGCGCCACCUGCGGGAAGGGCUUCACGCAGGCCGAGAACCUGAGGAGCCACCAGGCCGUGCACACCGGCGAGAGGCAGCUCUGCUCCGUCUGCGGCAAGAGCUACCGCUGCCUGAAGAACCACGUCAUCAGCAAACACUCGCACGAGCUGCCGAGCGAGCAGCUGCCCGCCGGCCGCGGCGUCGUGGCCUGCGAGGUGUGCGGGAAGAAGUUCCCCAACCCGUCGCAGUACAAAGUGCACAAGAGGAGCCACACGGGCGAGAAGCCGUUCCACUGCGAGCUGUGCGGGAAGAGCUACCGGCUGAAGGAGACGCUGCGCGACCACAGGUACACCCACAGCGGCGAGAAGCCCUACAGCUGCGGCCUCUGCACCAAGAGCUUCAACACGGCCACCAGCUUCAUGCGGCACCGCAGCAUCCACACCGGAGAGACGCCGUACGCCUGCGACGACUGCGGCAAGCAGUUCCGCCUGCUCACCUUCCUGAAGGCUCACCAGCAGACCAAAGCUCACCUGAGGCAGACGCUGAGCGCCUCGUCGUGCCAGGAGCACGGCAGCCCCGGAGAGAGGACAGAGUUAGCCCUCUGACGCCUCAGCACCGCCAGCCUGGGAGCAAGGCACUGAGCAGCUCAGCAGGAAGUGACCCCAAAACAACCGAAAACAAACAAGGAAGUUACCUUAAACUAAGCAACCAAAAAAAUCAAGUGAAAACAGACCCGAAAUUUAGCCAAAAAAAGAAAGAAAAUAUUAAAUUAAAUAUCUCUUUCUUUAAAUAAUCAUAAUAAUUGUAAUUGUAAUUUUCUGGAAAUUUUACCUUUUUUUUUUGAUAAUUUUCUCCUCCCUUCUUAUUUUUUUAGUUUAUUUUUUAAUUAGUUAAUUUCCAGGUCAUUUUGUAAUAACUAUUAAUUACUUGCACAUUUUCAGAUCUUUUCUGGCUAAGUUGCUCCUUGCCUUUUUGUCCCGUGUGUUUGAGGGAAAUGGAACCAGUUUGCUCAGAGGUCAGAGGUCAGAGGUUAAACGCUGGUGAAGCUUUAAAGGGAACAUGUUGAGUGGUUGAACGCCGUGUUGAACGCCGUGUGCCUCAGCCAGCAGCUAAACUUCACUGCAGAGUUCAGCUGAAUGUUGUUGAGGGGAAAAUCUGUCAUGUGUGUCUCCAGCGGGUCCCUUGACCUCUGACCUCCAGCUGUGUGAAUGAAAAUGGGUUCUCUCCCCUCUGCAGACACGCCCACCUUCUGCUAAUCCCAUGCAGUUUGGGCCCCAAAGCCUGCAGUCCACAUGUGUUCUUGUGGCCUGUUGGAAAAUGGUGCAGACUGGGGCGGCGUUCUCCCUUCCCUCACCAGAUCCUCACAGACUUGCUUUUUUCUUUCAUAGAUUUUUUAUUUUGUAAAAUUAUAUAAAUAUUAAAUAAAUAAACAGGAAAAAGACAUUUUAUUCAUUUUGGACGUGAAUGUCUUUUUAAGAAGUGUUUUUUUUUCUUUUAUUUGUAUAAAUUCAAGUCCAAAAGGCUACAUAAGGUACAUAUUAUACACAUCUUAAU